AUGUCUUCUGCUAAUAGUUCUGCUAAUGGCCCAAAUGAAGUUGAGAUUCGGGGACAAAGCUUCGACUCUGCAAGCAGGCACAACCUAGAAUCAACAUCUGUAUCAAAAGAUGUGAAGGGAAAAGAGAAUCUCGUCAGCUCUCAAGAUCAAGAAACCAUGGAACUUUAUACACAGGUUAGAGCAAAAGAGAAGGAAAUCAUGUAUCUUAGAGAGCAAAUUGCUCUUGCCAGUAUACGAGAAUCACAGAUGUUGAAUGAAAAGUAUACACUUGAAACAAAAUUCUCUGAAUUACGGAUGGCUCUAGACGAAAAGCAAAGUGAAGUGAUAGUUUCUGCAUCAAAUGAGCUGGCACGAAGGAAAGGUGAUCUUGAAGUAAAUUUAAACUUGCUUAAUGAAUUAAAGGUUGCAGAAGAUGAGAGACACAUAUUCACGUCAUCCAUGCUAGGUAUAUUGGCGGAAUUUGGUGCUUUGCCUCAUGUUACCAAUGCAUCUGCCUUAACCAACAGCAUCAAACACUUACAUGAUCAACUGCAGUUGAAGAUAAGGACUUCACAUGCUAGGCUUGCAGAGGUAAAUUCGAUGAUUGGAUAUAAUUCCAGAAAUGGUUUGGGUGAUAAAGAAAUUCCAGGUUUGGCUCCCAGUGGUGGCCAAUUUCCUAGCACCUCUAUGGGUGUGCGUGGACUUUCUCACUAUAGCCAAUACAAUGAUGGAAAAAUUAUGGAUCCAGCUCAUGACCCUUCAAGAUAUGUGCAAGAGAAUGAUUCUAAACAAGUCAAAAGUUUGACACGGAGUUCUGAGAUGCGCCAGUCACCGAAUAACGAGACUCUUUUAAGGACCUUACCUAACAUUGAUAGACAUGCUGCAAGCCGUAUUAUGGACAAUAUGCUCGAAAGAAAUGGUUACCCGUCAGUAUCUGAGCAAAGAAGUUAUGAUCAGUUUUCCCAUCUUCCAAUGCAUGAAAAUGCUGGUUCUUUUGGUGCUGAAGGAGACGGCCCUGGAAUAGAAGGCUUUCAAAUUAUUGGUGAUGCCAGACCAGGAUGCAAACUUCUAGGUUGUGGGUAUCCUGUACGUGGGACCUCUCUAUGCAUGUUUCAGUGGGUUCGGCAUAAUCCAGAUGGGACAAGGCAGUAUAUUGAAGGAGCUACUAAUCCAGAAUACAUAGUGACAGCUGAUGAUGUGGAUAAACUUAUUGCUGUAGAGUGCAUACCAAUGGAUGAACAAGGACGGCAGGGUGAUAUUGUCAGAAUCUUUGCAAAUGAUCAGCACAAGAUUACUUGCGACGACGAGAUGCAAGAGGAGAUUGAUACUCAUAUCUCUAGAGGACAGGCAGCAUUUAGUGUCCUGAUUCUUUUAGAGAACUCCGAGAACUGGGAGCCAGCGAGUCUGCUCUUGAGAAGGUCAGGCUUUCAAGUUAAGGAUGAGAGGAAACAGGAUGUUAUAAUUACCGAGAAAUACUCUAAAGACUUGACGAUCAAAAUUCCGAGUGGCUUCUCAACGCAGUUUGUGCUGACAUGUUCAAAUGGGUCAUCAUAUCCCUUCAGCACGAAUAAUGACAUUAGAAUGAGAGAUACACUUGUGCUGACAAUAAGAAUCUUCCAGAGCAAGGCUUUGGACGAAAAGAGGAAGGGCAAAGCGUAA